AUGGCUCCACGCGGCCGCGGUCGAGGCCGAGGCACCUCCGCCGGCGCUGGCAAAGGCGGGCGCAACAACACACCCCGCGUCCAGCGCGACAGAUCUCAGUACGGAGGGAGCGGGUUCAGCGAGAUCCCUGCUUCGGCGGUGGACCAGCCGCUUCGAGGGGAGGGGAGCGAGUCGGAUGGCGAGGGAGGCGAUGAACUGCUUGCGAGCGAAGUGCCCGUCGCGAUGUGGGAUUUUGACCACUGCGACCCGCGCAAGUGUAGCGGGAAGAAACUCGCUCGACUCGACUUGAUGCAGGAGUUGAGGGUCGGGCAGCGCUUCCAAGGCGUCGUGAUGAGCCCAAAAGGAACGCAGGUCGUCUGCCCUGCGGACAAGGACAUCGUUGCGGCUGCGGGAGUUGCGGUCGUCGAGUGCUCCUGGGCGCGCCUCGAGGAGAUCCCGUUCAACAAGAUCAAAUCUCCUCAUGAGCGGUUACUUCCGUACCUCGUCGCUGCUAAUCCCGUCAACUACGGCAAACCCUACAAGCUCACCUGCGUCGAAGCUAUCGCCGCUGCGCUGUACAUAACUGGCUUCGAUGCGCAGGCGGAGGUGUUACUGAGCAAGUUCUCGUGGGGUCACUCGUUCUGGGAGGUUAACGGACCCAUCAUCGAGCGGUAUCGCACUUGCACGACGCCCGAGUCAGUCAUCGAGAUGCAGGAGGUCAUGAUCAGGGAGAUGGAGCGCGAGCAGGACGAGCGGAAACGAGCGAAGGAGGAGAUCGAGGAGGCGGGCGACUUGCUCAUCGAGAACCCUAACCAUGCGGGCGGAGCGUGGCGACCACAUCACUCGGACGAAGAAGAGGAGAGCGAGGAGGAGGAAGAGGAGGAAGAGGACGACGGCGAGUACGAGAUUGACAAGCUCGGGAACCGGAUCAAGAAGCUGUGA